CAUGUAAACUCAUCUCUCGAAAGCCAUCGGUAUUAGAUCUGCUCUGCCAGUUGGAUUUAAGACUUACACCUUCCAGUACAGUCUUGUUUUAAUGGCAUCCUCUACUGUCACCCUAAUAGCAAACAAAUUACUGAGCAGUCAAUACUCUGUGUAUGUGUGUGAGAGAGAGAGAAAGAAAGAUUAAGCUUCUCAAGAUGUAGUAUUAGAAAUAUUAGGAAACGUUUGGCUGUGAUCUGGGUGCUUCUGUGUGGAGCCUGAAUUCAAACCAUCUGUUCUUUGCCAGUAGUUGUUUCUUCUAAAUUAUCAUUUAUUAAUUCCAUUUUGCAGGUGAUUUGUGACUAUCCCACCAAUGGCAGACAUGGGGAGUGUCCUGGAAACAUUUUUUAACUAAUUUGGUGGUGCUAAAUGUUUUAGGUAGCUUGGUGGACACCAGUUUUGCCCUCCUGGUCUUGACAAAUAGGGGUCAAGUAAAGUCACAUCAAUGGCUAUCUUUGAAAUACGAUCAAACUGUGUCAUGCCCAUCUGAUAACUGUAGUAUCACUUCAUUGGCUUCCGUGGACAUUGGUGUUUAUUUAAUCCCAGUGGAAUUAGCCACCACAACAAACCACACCAAAAGUACAAUGAAAUCUAAAUCUGGUAAUCCUGUAAUCUGUACUAAAUAUGGGACCAUGUAAUUCUGCAUAUACCAUGGUGCACUUAUAUCAACAUAAAUUGAAUUUGUCAGUGCUGUUGUGAUUGAAAGUGCUUUAAUAACUUGGCCCAGUUUCGUUGAUCCCGGGUAGUCAGGACUUCGAUGCUGUGCAUUCAAGUGGGUGUCCUAGUUUCUGAGACAUUCAUAUUUUGUGACUAUCGCUGCUUUUUUCCAUUAUUUUAUUUUUUGGCUAGUUGUAUCAACGUUGCUUAGGUUCAGUAGGGUGACAGUAUCUUGCUCUUGGGUAUGUUGGUGAGGAUCAUCCGGAGUGAGGGCCCAGAAUGCACCUGGAAGGAAAGUGUGUCACCAUGUCCUCGGCCAAGGCUGACAGUUGUUCUUUUUGGGGGUACUGGAACAUGGUCUUCCUGCAGUGUGUGCAUGUGUAUGUGAAUGUGGGAUCAUCUUAUGCUUCUCUUUAAAGACCCUGGUGAGAAAAUCUGAGCUGGAUGAACUUCCCCACUAAGCCCUGUCAUGUACCCUUCUCAACUCAACCCUGCCAAAGCAAAGCACACAAUGUUACCGGCAUUUUCAACUCAAGCUCAUGGCCAUUUGUACAUAUUUUACAAGUUGGAUAAUUCGUACAAAUUUGUAUGACCUCACUCGUACAAAUUCAUAUGAUUUUUGCUAAAUCAUAUGUAUUUUAUGAGUUCCCCAGUUCAUAUGAAUUACCUACCCCUAACCCCGCCACUAAAUGGUCGCCAUGAUUUUGCCAAGGAAGACAUGUUCCUGGAUCAACAUCUUCUGAUGAUCCUGGAUCAACAUUAUUGUCCAAAAAUAUAGACUUAACCCAAUCCCUACCCCUAAACCUAACCCUACUCAUAAUUAAUUCCUAAAAAGCUACCCAUCAUUGUGAGUGAGUUCAUACAAACUUUUACGAAUUAGCCACCUCAUAAAAUAUGCCACAUUUUUAAAUCGUAGUAAGUAGCAUUACCUUUUGUUCAUGUCCUUUCCUGUUGUGCCCCAUCCACAGCCCAACUGUUUCAAGCAGUAUGUUGUGUAUGAUAUUUAUCAUUUAUUCAUGUGCCAGAUUUUAAUUGUGAAUGGAAAAUCUGCACUGCUUUCCUGACACUGCCAAAUGCCCUACUGAGAAGAUAUCCUGUACCUACCCUCCUUUGCACUAAUGAACCUGACAUUUGUUUCUUUUACAGGGACACCAGAGGAAGUAACAUUUCAAGUUGAUAUUUUUUCAAAAAUGUGCCACAUGAAAAAGGGCAAAGGCAAGUCUUUUUCCCCCCUGGUGAUGCCUGCCAGAAAGGUCAAGGUUACAAUAUGACCUAUGGGAGUAUUGUGUAAUUCCAUUGGGCUGUGCCAAGCUAUUCUCCAGUGUGUGUAAGAGGAAAGCUGUCUGUGGUGACAGCAUGUGUUCUAUUUGCCUGGAGAUUUACAGCAGCACAGGAGUAAACAUGAAUUCAGAACACAGAGCGACAAAAAUAAACAACAACAGCUGGAAAAGCGAUGAAUAAUGACCACUUUCAUAAAUGCACUGCAAAAGAGGACGUAGACGUGUGACUGAGUUCAGUUGUGCAGCUGUGACGAGGGCAGUAAUCUGUAUGCACACAGCCCCAUGUUAAUCGUCACAUCCAUCACCAUGGCAAUGGAGCCAGAAUAUAAAAUUAUGCACUACGCUGAAUGAAUAGGAGGACAACAGAAAAGAAGCCAAAUGUGUUGCCAACAAAUCAUUAGCUAUGUAAUCAGGAUGGAAUUAGACUUGCAACCAUAGCCUUGGGUCAAAUGUGUUAUGGGCACCAAGGUAUAUAUGGCACUGUAAACAAGAACAUAAGCUUAUGGACCAGGAUACAAAUAGUGUACAUUUGAAUUAAAUAAUCAAAAUUCCCUUUUGAGUGUGGGUAAACCGAGUGGGCUACACCUCCCUUUCAGUCGUCACACUCCCCUCCCCUCUCCAUGCCCACAGCGCAUCCCAGUCUCUGGUUCACUCGUCUCUGUUUACCUCUUUUCUAAUCCUUUGCAUUGCACGCUCUCUCUCUUCCCCACAUUCUCUCGAUCGCUGUCUCUCCUCCCCUUUCAUGCUCAGAAGCCAGCGGGCUGCCACACGACCCACACUGCCUGCUACAUGAUCUCGUGGAAAACAGAGCUCCGUGUCUUUGUAGCCGCUUGCUGUUGCUCGAGCCUUUGUAGAUUGCAAUCAAGGAGACAAGAAAAGAUGCUUUCGCGACAACCCUGACUCCUAUCAUCUCCAGAUGCGCCCCUGUCCCCUUUCCUAGUAUCUCGCCCCCUGACCCUUUACCCCAUCCCCUCUCCUCUACCCCUCUCCAAACCUCCCUCUCUUAAUCCCCCCAAUCUCCCCUUCACCUCGCACCCUCUUGACAAUGUUCUCAUGUGUUCGCUGGUUUCAGCCUUUCCUUGCCUUGCUAUCCUCUACCUUGUUAACGUGGGGGUACAACUGCCCAUCCAGCUGCUUGUGUCCAGACCAUCACACCGUGGACUGCACCGGUCAAGGACUCACCCGUCUUCCAGAUUCCAUCCCUUUGGACGUACGGAGACUCCUUCUGUCUAACAACUGGAUUCCCUGGAUCCCUUCUGAUUUCCUGGUUCUCUACAGUGAUUUGGUGUACCUGGAUCUGAGGAAUAACUCCCUAACAAGGCUUGAACCUGGGAUUCUGAGCACAUUCUCCAGACUGGUCUACCUGGACCUUGGGAGCAACAACUUGACUGAGAUCCCCUCAGGAACUUUCGGGGAAUCCCGUAGUCUGAUCAAGCUACGACUGGGGAACAAUCCAUAUUUGAAUAUGGUCAGCAAGGAUGCCUUUGCGGGCCUCACCUCUUUACGAGAGCUCGAGCUGGAGAGGAAUGCCCUCUCUGUUCUGGACGUUGGGGUGUUGAGCCAGUUGCCUUCUUUGCGGGUGAUACGCCUGGAAGGGAACCCCUGGUUGUGCAAUUGCAACUUUGCCAAACUCUUUCUGUGGCUAUUGGAGAAUCGUCACAAGCUCCCAACUGGGUUAGAUGGUAUGGAGUGCUCUCUUCCAGGGGACGGGCGGCAGGUGUCCCUCAGUGUGCUUUCUGAGGACAGUUUCCGGGAGUGUCGAGGAUUGCUGACUCUCACUGAUUAUCUCAUAGUCAUUUUUUCUGGAAUUUGUAUUUCAGUGGCAGCCAUUAUUGCCAGUUUCUUUCUGGCCUCCACUAUCCACUGUUUCCAGCGGCUCAAAUCCAAAAGGACAGAUGAAGAGGAGGCCGAGGACUGAGGGGAAUUAUUGGACAGAAUGGAGAUUACAAAUUACCCAUAAUGCACCACACAGUGGAAGCCAAUGGAUUGGAAAAAGAGGGGAAAAUAGGCCUAGGAAUUAGGCCCCUGUGUGAGUAGGGUGAGGCUAUAGGGCUUCAUCCGUGAUGCUUGAAUGGAGCAUCAUGAUUUUUAUACUUGAACACCAAUGAUCGAAUUGAGCCUUAAGACUAAAAAUGUUCCUGAAAAAUGCAGUCUCAUGCCCCGUAUUCAAAAGUGAUCAGCAUUACAUUUUGACAUCAAAUAGCAACAAUGGUCUUUUUUUGGAAAUGUGCAAGUUCAUUAGUAUUUUCUACAUUUAGAGUUAUUUUUGGUAUUGUGUACAUGAAUCUUGCACCGCUUUAGUAAGGUUUAGCUACUUGCACUUUAAAGUACAGAUGAAGUAUUGCACAAAAUCCCAGUGAGCCGUACUGUAAGCCAUUUUUCAUACAGUAAAUCAUAAUGGUACUUAUCACCAAAGAAUUAACAUGAAAUGAGCAUACAUUGUGACAUACUGUACUUGUCUUUUUUCAAAUCACCAGUCAAUUUGGUUAUAUUAUAAAUAUCAUAAGACAUUUUUGGUUAUCCACAACUUCAUAAAUGUCAUGCAUACUCUUGAUAUGCUUGCUGUAGUUACAGAUGAGUUGCAAAUACUGUAUAUCACGUACUCAAUCAAGGUAUUUUAAAGGCUAAAGUAAAAGGGAAAUUUUUGUCCUUCAUUUUAUGUCGAUUUUGUCUCGUAACAUUCUUUCCUUUUUUACUUUAUGUUAUGACUAAAUAAACAUUGACGCCAAAGUGUUUAAAAAGAUGAA